CCACCGAUUCAGCAAAAAUUUUACUAUAAAAACGAAGAUAUCAUCGAACAAAGUCACAGUUUGAUUCGAAACCAUCAAAUCACAACAAAGAUGUUCAAAGCUAUCGUAUUCGCUGCUAUCUUGGCUUUCGCCGUAGCUGCUCCAGAACCUAAGCCUAAACCAGGACUUUUUGCACCAGCCGUCGUCAGCCCAGUUGUUUCAGCCUACAGUGCUCCUUAUGUUGCUUCUUAUCCCUCUUAUUCAUCACCACUCGUUUCGGCUUAUUCUCCGUAUGCCUAUGCUGCUUAUCCCUAUGCUUAUGAUUAUCCCUAUUAUUAUUAAAUAAUAAGUAUAUUUGGAAAUUGGAAAUACUAAAUUAACUUUUCUUUGGACUGCUUGGAUAAAAAAAAUGUGGAUUUCAAUAAAACUUAUUUAAUUUA